ACAAUGCAUCUGUGCCUCCAGCAUGAAUUCGUGUGGAAAGUAAGAUGGCGGACCGGCGGCGGCGGAGGAGGCGCGCGUCCCAGGACAGCGAUGACGACGACGAGUCCGGUUCCUCUUCGGGGUCGGAGAGCCGCGAAUCAGGCUCCCAGUCGAGCAAGGGCCGCGGCGGCAGAGACCUUGAACAGCCAGAGGUCGCUUCCGAGCGGGUUGAGGCCAAGGAGGAAGUGGCCUCCGAGUGUGAGAGUGAAGAUGGAGUAGGGGAAGCUGUCCUCUCGGACUACGACAGCGCAGAUCCCGAGGAAAACGCCUCUCGCUCGGAGGGAGGAGAGGAAGAGGAUGCGGACGGAUUCAGCGAUGAAGAAGGUCCGACAGCGGCCGGCCAGUCCAAACAUCCUGAUCCGGCCCAACCGGUUCGAGCGGAGGCUGAUGAAGAUGGGGAAGAACGGAAUAAAGAGAAGGAUUUGGAGGAAAAAGGAAAGUCGGCAGGAGAGCGACAGAGCGGUGACGGUCAGGAGUCCACCGGAAACCCGGAAACCAAAGCGGGAGGACAGUCCGGGCAGCAGCUGGACGACGACGAGGACCGCAAAAACCCGGCUUACAUCCCUCGUAAGGGUCUCUUUUUCGAGCACGACGUCAGAGGCCACGCCCAGGAGGAGGAAAGGCCCAAAGGCAGAAACAGGAAGCUGUGGAAGGACGAAGGGCGCUGGGAGCACGACAAGUUCCGCGAGGAAGAGCAAGCGCCCAAGAGCCGUGAGGAGCUCAUUGCCAGCUACGGUUAUGACAUCCGGAACGGCGAGCGGACCUUUGCCCAUCGGCGGCCUCGGUCGUCUGCAUCUCCCAACAGGGAGCAGCGGUGGCAGGAGGGCGGGGAGCGAGCGGUGCGCUCUUGGCAGAGCAGUCGAGGAGGAGGAGGAGGAGGAGGAGGGUUUUUUGGCCGAGGCGGUCCUCCCCACCGUGCUUCUCCCGGUUCUGUCCCACUCGGGUCAAGCCAGCGCGGUAACGCUACCCGUGGCCGACCAUCCCACCUCCCGGUGCAACCCCAGUUCGGAGGCGGUGACGCCCACGCUCCUCUUCUUCAUCCGCGAGAAAGAGCGGGUGGUAAAGGCCCGCCUGUGCCGGCGGCCGCCAGCAGGGGAUGCCGUAGCGGGGCCGGGAGGGCUGCGGACGACCCGCCGCUCGGCAAAGAUGGCGAAGACUGCCGCUCGCCGAGUACCCAAACCCCGUCGGUUCAGCAGGUGGCGUAUCGCAGCAAGUCCCCUACGCAACAGCCCCAAGAAAAGCGAGGGGGUGCCGCUCAACCCCCCCAUACGUCAGCAGCCACCCGGGAGGCCUCGCCACCCGCCGAACGGCCCGUCGAACGAAAGUCGUACUCGCUGGCCCGCAGAAGUCGCUCUCGGCCGGCUGAGUUGGGCGGCAAACAGACGUCGGUGGAGGAGGUGGCGGGGGUGAAGAACACAGUGGGGGGCGGCGCUUUGACUGAGCUGGACCAGGACGUGGCCCGACUAAGUCUGGUGUCUGGACAGACCUGGAACCAGAAUCCUGCUUCCUACGUACACUCGCAGAUCAGAAGCUUGAGAGGCGGCUUGUCCAUCCCGUCCGGCCCGCCUCCGUUCUCAGGUUUGGACGAGAUGUCGGGCGGCGCCAAUCGCGCCAAGCGUUACUCCUCCCAGCGCCAAAGAGGCGUGGCCGAGGCGGCCCCCCUGCACAUCGGCGUCAUGGAGGGACACUACUUUGAACCCAUGACGUUCCAGGGAGCGAUUUACACGCACGGUGACGCACCCGCCCCCGUCGCGCCUCAGGGCAUGCUGGUCCAGCCCGAGAUGCACAUCCCCCAUCCUGGACUGCAUCCGCACCAGUCGGGAGGCCCCAUAGCAAACCCCGGCCUCUACGGAGGCCCGCCUGUAUCUCUGCCGCCAGGGCAACCGCAACAACUAUUGCCACCGCCUUUCUACCCUCCGCCGGGGGUCAUGACCUUCCCUUACCCGGCCAUGUACCCGAGCCCUCAGGGUCAAUCGCAGGUGACGUACGGGGGCGUGACCUAUUAUGACACGAUGCAGCAGCAGGCUCAGCCCAAACCUUCGCCGCCCCGCCGCACGUCCCAACCCGUUACCGUCAAGCCCCCUCCUCCCGAUGUGCCCUUUGCCUCGGAGUGACCCGUUCCCGCGCUCCGCUCUUCCCUGGCGCACUCUGGCAGGUUCCGGCGUGGAGCUUCGAUCCAACACGGAGGAGCGGGUCACGUGACUUUCUGCGCUGGAUUCCUUCUUCCAGCUCAGGGUGGGUCCUAACGGCGGUGGCGCGCUAGCCAAAAUGUGUGUGAUGGCGGGCGGCGUGGCUUUCUGUGAGGUCACGUGACUGUGCCUGCUACCUUUGCUCCCGUGGCGGUCAGGGCAAGAAAGGUAUGGACAAAACACUUAGAAGAUUCUGGUCCACUUAAGUUUGUGGCUAUGAGGAAAGAAAAGGCAGGAUCAAAAAUGUAGUCUUUUGUUUUUGUCUCUUGAUCACAGGAAGGAUCUAAAAGUUGUACACUUUGGUUUAGAGCAGUUGCCACUGUAGUUUGUGUUCAUUUUUUUAAAUUCCCUUUCCGGGCCAUUUUCUAUGUUGUAUUUUGUGUUGAAGCGGUGAGAUGUGACCCCAAUAAAAACCUUUCAGCUUGUUCUCA